AAUAUCUAUUCAGCCAUUUUUAUUUUUAUCCCAUUUAUUUCCCGCAAAUUUUAGCAAUAUAAUUUUCUCUCAAUUAUCGUAAAACAAUUUACUUUCCAAGUAAUGUAUAAAUAUUUUUUGGCAUUUUUUCUAAAUUAUAACUGUAAUCAAUCACGAGUGUUACUGACCAUUUUAUUGGAUAACUUGGAUUCAUCAAUGACCUUGUAAACAUAGAGUCAUUUUGUUGUUGAGGCAUAUUUUUUUUUUUUUAUUUUCUAGUUCCAUCUUUUUCGUGCGUCGUUGAUUCGUGCGUGAAUUAAGAAAAAGAAAGUAAAAUUUAAUCGUGUAAACGCAACAGGCGGCUGUUGUUUAUUGUGGGAGAAAUAAUUUCAGUAUCUUUUAUCUUGUAAGAUGACGGAAAUGUACGCUUGUGGACCAUCAAAAAUAAUCUUCCUAAAAUUUCCAUAAAAAACAAUACACAAAACUAUGUAAACACAAAAACAUUGAGAAAUUUUAGGCUAUCUUGAAAACGCCAUCCACGUUUUGUCUAUUUUUAACUUAAUUAUAAUAAAAUUAAAUUAAUGUUAUUUAAUAUUAUUAUUAUUAUUAAAUGAUAAAUAAUAUAAUAAAUUUUGUUAAAAAAAAUUUAUGACGCCAAAAAUAUUUGUUAAAAUUUCUUUGUUGUUGUGAUUUUCUUUUUUUUUUUGUGGGAAAAAUGGAAGAUAAUUUACAAACAAAUUCUGUUUGUCGUUUGUGUGGGAUACAGACAAUUGAUACAACUGUUGUUAAUUUAUUUGAUACAGAUCAAAGAUAUCUUCAUCAAAUCCACACAAUUUUUCCAAUUUACGUACAUGCUUGUGAACCUCUGCCAAAAACAAUGUGUCACAUUUGUUGUCAACGACUUGAUUCAACUUACAAAUUUUACACAGCAGUUUUACAGACAGACAAUAAUUUCAAGGAGAAAUUAAUUUGGAUGAAAAAGAGUAAAACACCAUUUAAAAAAAAUGGUAUUACAAUGGUCACACUUGACAAUAAUAAUAUUAAAACAGAAGUUGAAGAACGUAUUGAUGAAACUGAUAAUAUUGUUAUGAACAAUAAAAGUAUAUCACCAACAAAUUCACUUGAAUCCGUAAUUGAAUUAGAAAAUAGUAGUUCAUCAAAUUCAAUUGAAACAAUAAUUUUAACAGAUUCAAGUGAAUCAGUAUCAUCAAAUUGUGAUGAUGAAAUUAUCAUUGAAAAUCCCAACAACCCUUCAACUAUUAAAAGCCAAUUAAUAAAUUCACAAAAUUCCCAAAAUGAUAAAGAAAUAAUAUCAUUAUUUAAACUUAAAAAUAAAUUAGAAGAAUUCAAUAAUAAUAAUAAUAAUUCAGAUAAUAUAUUUAACAAUAGUAAUAAUAAAAAAUUACAAAUUGAUACUAUUAAAAAAAAUUUAUUUUUAUCACCAUCAACAAAAUGUGAAAAAAAAAAAACAAUAAGAACACGUGAUAUUGAAAAUGAAAUUCAUGAUCGUCAAGUACAGUCAAAUUUUAUAUUAGAAAUACCAAAUACAAUUGAUAAUAAAAAUUCACAUUUAAAAAAAAAAUUAUCACCAAUAUUACAUUUAAAAAAUUCAAUUAAUUUAUUUGAAAAUAGAUCACCCCUACGUAGACCACGUAAUUUGUUAGAUAAAAAAAAAUAUAAAUCUAAAAUUGAUAAAAAUAGUCAUAUUAAAAAUAUAAUAAGUAUGUUAAAAAAUGAUAAAAAAUUACAAAAACAUGCUGAAGUUAAAAUUGAUAAAUUAAAUAUUAAAAAACUUGAUGAUAAUUUAAAGAAGUCAUUAAUUAAUUCAACAGUUGAUGUUAAAAAUUGUAUUAAAAUUGAAAAAUAUGAUGAUAAAAGUUCAAAUUAUUCAUUGAGAAUAACAAAAAAUGGUUCAAUACAAAAACCAAUGACUAAAAUUGUUCAAAAAAAAUAUAAAUUACGUGCUAAUAAUGAGGAUAAAAAAGAAUUGAGGUCAGGAAAGUUACUUGUCAUUAAGAGUGAUGAUAAAUGUUUAAAUUUAAAAACAAAACAUAAUUACAUUUGUAAAUUGUGCUGCGAAAAAUUUAGUAGUAGAGAAAUUCUUAGACUUCAUCCAUGCUACUGUGAGACACGAUAAAUAUUAUUAACUUGAUAUUAAUUUCAUGAUAAGAUAAUGAUAAUAUAAUACUCUUAGAUAUUUUAUUUUCAUCAACAUUCUAUAUUUAAUAGCAAUAAUUAUCAUUAUCACUUUUUAGCAACAAACGAUAAUCAAUUAGUUUUUUUUUUUUUCUUUUCACUUAACGAAAAUAUUAGAUUAUAUUUAAAAAUUUAAUCAUUUUAUGAUAUGCGAGCAAAUUGCUGGUUAAAUUUGAUCCAUUUUUUCUUUUGUUUUUUUUUAGUUAAAACAAUAAUCACAAGGUAAAUUGUUUUAACAUGAUUUACAAAAGAAAAAAGAGAAAGAAAUAUACAAUUAUUUGAAUAUUUAUUUACACUUUAUGAUUUUUUAAAAUUAUAAUAUGUUUUUCAUAAUUUUAACGUUUGUUUUUUGAAUAAUAUAUUUAUAAAUUACUUAAAAAAGAAUAUACCAUUGGAUAACAAAAACGUUAAAAAAAGAGAAUGUAUAUUUACAUUAUAGUUUAUAGUUUAAGUUGCUAGAAAAAAUAAUAAAAAAAAAAAAUUUUAGAUAAAUAAUUAUAUUUAAUUAAUAAUUAAGUAUAUAGCUUGUUGAAUAUUUAAUUAAUUAAAAAUUUUAUAUUUAUUUAAAUAUAACUAAUGUAUAAAAAUAAACUUCAUCUAAUUCAAACUUGUAUGAUUUUUGUUGUUUAUAUUUAUUUUAUUUUUGAUUUUAUAAAAAUAAAAAUUAGUUUAAACAAAAUAAAAAAU